CUGGAACUACUUUGGCACUGUCAGGCGGCGGGAGCAGCCGGCGGCGCUUUGUGUGGGUGCUGGCGAUGCCGUCGGUGAUGGAGAACCCCUCGGGUAUCCUGUCCCGCAGCCGCUCCAGGGCCGUGCCCGGCGGUGCCCCCCCCUCCGAGGACGAGGACAGCGCGGACGAGCGCAGCCACGACAGCAUGAUCCGGGUCGGGGCUGAUUACCAAGCAGUGAUUCCUGACUGCAAACCAGAGAGCCCAGCUCGCUACAGCAACAAGGAGCUGAAGGGGAUGCUGGUGUGGGCCCCCAGCCACUGCGUCUCCGAUGCCAAACUGGACAAAUACAUCGCCAUGGCUAAGGACAAACACGGCUACAACAUCGAGCAGGCUCUGGGAAUGCUGCUGUGGCACAAGCAUGAUGUGGAGAAGUCCUUGGCUGACCUGGCCAACUUCACCCCCUUCCCGGAUGAGUGGACAGUGGAGGACAAGGUGCUCUUUGAACAGGCCUUCAGCUUCCAUGGCAAGAGCUUCGCCCGCAUCCAGCAGAUGCUUCCCGACAAGCUCAUCCCGAGUCUGGUCAAGUAUUAUUAUUCCUGGAAGAAAACCCGUUCCCGAACCAGUGUCAUGGACAGACAGGCCCGGAGGCUGCUGGGGCGCAAGGACCGGGAGGACAGCAACGAUGAGACCGACGAUCCCCACCCCACUCUCGAUGGGGACAUGGAGGCAGCAGACCCCAAAAAAGAGCCACCGUACCCCAAACCCUGCACCCGGAAGGAGGCUCAGUACCGGCACCACCUGCCCCCCCGGCACCGCCGCCGCCCCCCCCGCGGGAUGCACUUGAGCCGUGAGGCUGUGGCCGGUGUCACCUCCAACCCUGAGCUGGGGGCCGCAGGCCUGCGCCAGCUCGACUGCCAGCUUGUGUCCCUCAAGCGGCAGGUGCAGCGGAUCAAGCAGAUCAACAGCGGCCUCAAGCAGGCGUUGGAGGGCGGCGUGGAGGGGCUGCGCCCACCCGAGGGCACUGGCAAGUUCAGCUCCCGCUGGACAACGGAUGAGCAGCUCCUGGUGGUGCAGGCACUGCGCCGCUACGGCCGUGACUUCCCAGCAGUAGCCGGGGUCCUGGGGAACAAGACCCCAGCCCAGGUCCGGAGCUUUGUGGGGGGCACCCGGCGCCGCUUGGGCCUCACGCGGCUGCUACGGGAGCUCCCCGGGGGGGACAGGGACGAGCCCCCCGCGGGGCCCCCCCUGGAGGGGCAGCGGCAGCAGGAGGAGGAGGAGGAGGAGGAGGAAGAGGCCGUGUCCCAUUCCAUGGCCACGCCCCCCAGCCCAUACUUGGCCCCUCCCAUCCGCAUCCUGGCCCCGCCCACUCGUGCUCAGGCUCCUCCCCCUUCCUGA